UUCACCCACCGGCCAGGCCGAAGCAGGGGGCGGAGGGGCGGGCGAAGAGUUAAGCUACCUGCUCCGCCGUCCCUCUUGACUCCACCUCGGGGAGAGCGAGGGGAGGGAAAAGGGAAAAAGGAGGAAAAAAAAAAGCGAGGGAGGGAAAGGCAGGGGCAGAGCGAGGCGCCCGCACUGCAGGGCAGGAGCCUCCCGCGCCGCCGGCCCCGGCCCGCGCCCAGCAUGUUCCCGUGGAAGAAGACUAUCUACAAAACAGUUUGCCUGUCCUUCUUGCUGGUGAUCACGGUGACAGUGCUGCAAAGGGGAAUGGCCCCCAGCCAGUUCAUGCAGGGCCAGCAGCAGAAAGACCCGCCCCCCCCCGAGCCCCUGAAAACUCAGAAGAGAGACAACGCCUUCUCCGUCACCAGCACUUUCUGGAAGAGCAAGAAGGAGAAAGCUCCUGUGGAGGAGGAGGACGUGACAGAGAAGCACACGAAAUCCUGGGACGUCACCACUACCAACUGCUCGGCCAACCAGAACUUCAGCAAGAUGGACUGGUUCAAAGGGCUGGAGCCGAACUUCCAGCAGUUCCUGCUCUAUCGGCACUGCCGCUACUUCCCCAUGCUAAUCAACCACCCCGAAAAAUGCAGCGGGGACGUCUACCUGCUGAUAGUAGUCAAGUCGAUCAUCACACAGCAUGACCGCCGCGAGGCCAUUCGGAGGACCUGGGGCCGGGAGAAGGAGGUGGAGGGGAAGAAGAUCAGGACGCUCUUCUUGCUGGGCACGGCCUCCAAGGAGGAGGAGAGAGCCAACUACCAGAAACUGCUCGAUUAUGAGAACCACAUCUACAAGGACAUCUUGCAGUGGGAUUUCCUGGACAGCUUCUUCAACCUCACCCUCAAAGAGGUCCAUUUCCUCAAGUGGCUGAACAUCUACUGCGACAGCGUCCGCUACAUCUUCAAGGGCGAUGAUGAUGUGUUUGUGAGUCCCAGCAACAUCCUGGAGUUCCUGGAGGACAAGAAGGAGGGAGAGGACCUCUUUGUGGGAGAUGUUCUCUACAAGGCCAAGCCGAUCCGAAAGAAGGAGAACAAGUACUACAUCCCCAGUGCCCUCUACAACAAAAGCAUCUACCCACCCUAUGCAGGGGGUGGGGGCUUCAUCAUGGAUGGGCCCCUAGCCAAGAGGCUGCACAAGACCUCGGAGACGCUGGAGCUGUACCCCAUCGACGAUGUCUUCUUAGGGAUGUGCUUGGAGGUCCUCAAGGUAUCGCCCAUUGGGCACGAGGGCUUCAAAACUUUUGGCAUUGUGAAGAACAAGAACAGCAAGAUGAACAAGGAGCCGUGUUUUUUCCGGAGUAUGCUGGUGGUUCAUAAACUGCUGCCUCCAGAGCUGCUCCAAAUGUGGGACUUGGUCCACAGUAACUUGACGUGCUCGAGAAAACUCAACAUCCUUUAGCUCAGCCUCUCCGGAGAGCUGGGACUGAAGGGGGCCGGGACAGCUGAGCCCUGCUCUGGGAAGGGGUGAGCCUCGACUCGCGGCACCAGUUCUUCAGGGGCAGCUGCCUCUGGGGUGAGGCGGGCAGAGAGACUGCGUCCGCGGGCAGGGGUUGUGAUAGUGUUUGUUCCUGUACUGUAACGUGGUUUGCUUAUCUCCAGCUGGGUUGGGGUUUGCUGAAAAAGAAGAAAAAAAAACUAGCACGAAAUGAAAAGAGAGAGAGAGUGAGCGAGCGGGAGGAGAUGUUCAGUGGAGGAAAGGGGCUCUCCUCUGUGGCUGCACCUCCUCAGCCUCGCGCUCCCCUUAGGACUCCGGGUUUCCAGGCAGACCGUUUGGGUCCGGCACAGAGGUCCCCAUACGACAGCAGCACCCAGCCGUGCGGGAGCUGGCACACGGAGGAAUGUGCCCGGCCAAAAUGCCUCAGGGAUUUGUUCCUUCCCUCGCGGGGAAGGGGAAGGGACGAGACGAGCUGGCCUUGUGCAGGGCCGAAGCAGCGAGCAGAGAUGCCCGGGCACUGCCCGGCAGGGCGGCCCCAGGAGUGCUGGUGCCUCUCCGGCGUGUGGAGCAGGGCCCAGGUGUUUCGCAUCCCAUCUGCUCCUUUCUGGGGGGGGGGGGACAUUCAUUUCUUCAGGAUGUGGUCAAGGACCAAGCCAGGGAAUGGGACUGGGAGAUGCUGCCCCUUUUCCCCUCCCAAAAGGCCCCGCCCGCGCACAGGGUCUCCUCCAGCGCUCUCGCUCUCGCUCUCUCUCUCUCUCCUUCUGGUGCCAGACAUUGAAGGAAAAAAUUUCUACUACCUCAAAGGUCCCCCUGUGCAGUGCCUUUUUCUUUUUUUUUUUUGCUUUUCUUAAUGUGUUUUGGAAACGUGCCUGUUUCAGUUACUCCGAGUCUGUAUGUUCCCCAGGUUAGAAAACAAACAAGAAAGGGCAAAAGCCAGCCAAAAAAGGCAACUGCGUGCCAGGCCACACCACUUCUCCUCAGCUCAUGCCCCUCGUCUGCUCCCACGAGCUGCAAAUUGGAAGCGGAAGACGCGAAAGAGCCCGUCGCUGCUCCCAGGCGGGCGGCGUUACUGUGAACUCCCAUUUCGGCUGCACCCAGCGGCCACGGCCGAGCUGCUGCCCCGGGGCAAGUGGCAGCGUGGGGCAGAGCCCGGGGGCAUCUCUGUGCCUGCCGCGGGGGUGCGACGCACAACCACAGUCCCGUUCCCAUCCUCGUGCCUUUUCUUGCCAAGGGGAGCGAGUUCAGCAAUAUUUUCCGAAAUGACGCCUCUAAUUUAUGUCAGGUACAGCGGACCGGGCUGCGUACAGCUCCUGUACGCGGCACAGCUCUUGCUCGCUGCAGCGUUGCGCGCGGAGAGCCGGGGCUGCACACCUAAACCUUUCCAUGUUGCUUUUUACCUGGCGGGACCUGUGCAGAGAAACCUUGUAGAUUUGGUGAAUAGUCUAGUUUCUAAAUAAAGGUUUGGAAAAAAAAAAAAAA